CGUAAAGCGGCGCCGGCGAGCUUUACGGCGCGGAGCUGGUUAAAAAAAAAAAAAAAAUCAGACGGGAAUAAAGAGUUCACUGAAAUGUGAGAAUGGCCAAUUCUUUAAGAGGUGAAGUGUUGAAUCUAUACAAAAAUCUGCUGUACCUUGGAAGGGAGUAUCCCAAAGGAGCAGACUACUUUAGAAGCCGUUUGAAAGCAGCUUUUCUAAAAAAUAAAGAUGUGAAAGAUCCCGAAAAAAUUAAGCAACUAAUUGCACGAGGAGAAUUUGUUAUAAAAGAGUUGGAGGCUUUGUACUUUCUCAGGAAAUACAGAGCUCUGAAACAGCGCUACUACAGUGACGACAAUCAGUAACUGGUGCUAAUGACUUUGCAUGUAAUGAUACAAAUCCAUAAAAACAAACAAUAAAAGAGCUGUAACCU